UUUUAAGUAUUGUAGCGUAGUAAUUUAUUUGCAUUUGGAUUUUUUUUUAAUGAUACGCUAAUCCAGUGCAUUCUUUAGGCAGACGGUUGUCCUAAUUAUUUUUUAAAAAGUAUUUAUUCAUAUUUAGUUACAAAAAUUUUAAAAUUUACAAGAAUGAGUUUUCAUUUAAAUAUUGUAAAUCCAAAUUUCGAUACUCUAGGCUAUAUAACAGCUAUUGCGAAUGUCAAAGAUAAACAUGAUAAGUCAGCUCCAUCUGAUUAUCAUUGGAAAAUUCUUAAAUGCAGAAUUAUUAUAUUUUCAAAUUCAUCUAUAUUGGCAAGUCCAGAUAAGAAAAACUUGAAAUUUCGGACUAAAUUUUAAAGUAUCUACCAAGUCCAUAUUAUCUUCAACAAAACAGGCGAUGACUAUGAUAAAAUUAAUUCAUUAUUCUUGAAAUUCUCUCUUGUACAGGAUGGUACUAUAAAAAAAAUUACGCCAGAUAUAUUUGAAAUGUGUUUUCAAUAUACAAUGACGGCCAAAAUUGCACCAAUAUGGAAUACAGUCGGCACCAAUUACCUCAUUAAUAAUAGAGAUUUCCUUAUAACCAAAGGGCCUCAAGUUGGAAUUCAUUAUCAAAUAGCAUCUAACGAUCAUACUACAUAUAUUGAAGUAAAACCUGUAAAAAUCAUUAUUAUUCUCGAAGUAAAUAGAGAAAUUAUACCUGGAGAAUAUGUCAGAGUAUUACCAAGCUUAAAUAAAGCUAUAGUAGAAGAAAGUCAUGAUUCAUUUCCCGUAAUAUACGCAUUCAAAUCUUAUAAAGAUUUACGUCGUCACUGGAAGAAUAUUCAUGGCUAUCGAUUACCCGAACAAGAUUGUUCAUCAUAUUACGUAAUAAGAUUUUGGCGAGGAGAUCCGUUAACUUAUCCAAGUAUAUGUGUGACCAGGAAUUUACCUAUCAUUACACCAAUUCCUAAAUAUUAUGGGGAAGCUGUCAUGUCCAAGUUUAUAAGAGAUUUGAAGAAUAAGAUGUCUCAUAUUCUCAGGAUGCCACUCAUAAUUCAAGAAACUAAGAAUUGCGGCGCCAGUACUUUACAAGUGAACGAUGAGAGCGUCAUGGAAACUCAAGAAGUAAGUCUAUGCACUCCGACACAAGUAAAUUAGCUGAAUUUAUAAUAUUUUUAAUAUUGAAAAAUAAAAAUACUUAAUGCAUAUUGUCAAGAAAUAAA